AUGCAGAACCCGGGGGACCCCGGCCGCUGCGGCUGCGCAUCGCUUCACCGCUUCUGUGCCUGCAACGAGCACGACUCUGACUCCUCUACAGUCGAGGCAGCAGUAGCAGCAUGCAGAGCAGCAGCAUAUCGCGUGUCAGCGAGGCAGCAGCGGCCAUCUCUUGCAGUAGCAGCAGUUCAGUGUGACCUGCAGCCAGAGGAGGCCCCUAAGGAGCCUGAGCCCCCCCCACCCCCACCAGAGGAGAAACCCCAAGCCCCCACUACACCACAAAACUUUAAAGGGGAGCUGAAUAUACACGGGAAUGUGCUGCUAGCAACAGACUGGGACCUAGUAGACGAUGACGUCCGCUUCUCUCACUACCCUUUGCUCUCUCUUGAGUGUUGCGGCGCGCAUCAGCAGCGGCAGCAGAAAUUCUAUCUCCAGCAGCAGCAGCAGCAGCAGCAGCAGCAGCAGCAGCAUGUGCUGCUGCACCAGCGGCAGACAGGGAACAGGCUACCCAGGCGGCUAUCGAGGACGCAAGAAGAGCUGCUGCGGCAGCAGCGGCUGAAACGAAUACCUAAACAUAGAGAGGCAUUCCCUGUGUUAGAGAGAGAAGUAAACCCUGAGGUGGACGUACACCUGAAAAACAGAAUACGAAAAACAUAUGAUCACGCCCAUUCGCUGCCGCUGCAUGUCGAUGACAGCUACCUGCGGCUGCAUGCACGGCAGACAAAGACACAGCAGCAACUGCAGCACAAGCAGCAGCAGCAACAGCAGCAGCAGCAGCAGCAAAGGAGAAGAUGCUGCUCAGUAGGAGUUGCUGCUGCUGCUGCAGUUGCUGCUGCUGCUGCAGUUGCUACUGCUGCUGCAGUUGCUGCUGCUGCUGCAGUUGCUGCUGCUGCUGUAGAUUCUCCCUUGUCACUGUGCGCCUACCGCCAGCACCCGUAA